ACGCUGUCCUACAGGAACAAAUGGCUCAAACAGAUCGGGGCAAGUGUGGUUGAAUGCAACAUGUAAUGUUGUGAUCGCUCUGUUCGUUGUUUACACUGACUUUUUGGGUGGGUUUUAAGAAGGCAAAAGUUAACAUGCUUUGAAUAUGGAAAGAUUUCUCCCAUCAUAACUCUCAGCUUGAUUUCAUUACCUAAAGGAAUAACUCAUAAGAAAGAAAUACAGGUUUGGAAACAUGUCAGGAACAGGAAGUGGGAUGGGUUGUUUGUGCCUGAUCGAGCCAGUGAUUGGCAUGUAUGCAUUUGCCAUGUUUAUGGUCUACCCACUGUUGCAGCAGUAUGUGUACCGUAGACUGUGGUUUGAGCUGAGCGGCACACCCUACCCUGCUGAGAGCCUGUCCCACUGCUCAAACAACACCAAUGCCACCAUACACCAGGCAGUACAGAAGGAGACAUCUAUAUUCCUCCUUCGGAGUGAACUGUGCUUCCUCAUCCCCAGUCUCAUAUCCACUUUACUCCUGGUCUCGUACAGUGACCACUGUGGGCGUAAAGUGGCCAUUGUUCCCCCACUGGUGGGUGAUGCUCUGUUCGCCCUGAGUUACGUCUUAGUCAGUAGAUUCUCCUUCAACCUCAAUUAUCUGCUAGCUACCUCCUUCCUAGCCGGUCUGAUGGGAGGAGCCACCUCUCUGAUUGGGGGAUGUUUUGCCUAUCUGGCCGACCUUUGCGGAGAGGGCCCAGGAGGGCAGAAGACUGUCCGAAUGGCUCGUCUAGACAUGAUUCUCGGAGUGUUGUCUGGCUUAGCUUCUCUUUGUACUGGAUUCUAUAUCAAAGCAGCUGGCUUCACCUGGCCUUUCCUUACUGCAGUCCUUCUGCAUCUCCUGAAUAUCCUCUAUGUGCUGGGGGUUUUGAAGGAGUCCCUUCCGAGUGUGUCCCUGUCAAUCUCCAGCCCUGGCUCUGUAGUCCCUCACCUACGCCAGUCUGAAACUCUGAAUGCGCGUCUGCAAGGUGUUUACCUGCUGUUUGCAGCCUCAACACGGAGAAGGAACAUAGUGCUGUUGGUCAUGUUGGCUGCCUUUGCUUUUUUCAAGCUGGCCAUGCAGGGUGGUAUGUCCAUCUUUAUCUUGUAUGAGUUGAACACUCCUCUGUGCUGGAGUGAGGUGCUGGUGGGUUACGGCUCUGCUCUCUCCACUGCCAUCUACUUGGUCAGUUUUGCCGGUGUGACUCUGCUGUCCCGCUGUCUGCCUGACACACAUAUCAUCCUAGUGGGUUUGAUGUCUGUGGCUGCUGGGCUCACCAUGGCAGCGUUUGCAAAGUCAACCCUGCUUAUGUUCCUGGUGCGACUGCCUUUGCUGCUGUCCAUCAUGCCGACUCCUGUGCUACGAUCCAUGAUGUCAAAAAUAGUGGCUGGAUCUGAACAAGGUGCCAUGUUUGCGUGUAUAGCGUUCGUGGAGAUGUUGAGUGUCGGUGUUUCAUUUACAAUGUUUAGUAGCAUCUACGCAGCUACACUGUCCUGGUUCUCUGGGUUUAGUUUCUUGCUGGCUGCAGGACUCACACUUAUACCAGCUGCCCUGAUCUGUGUUAUUCUAUGUAUGAGUCUGGAUGUAUAUGAGGAGUCCAGCAUACUAACUGAGGAGAAUGCAGAAAACCAAACAUAAAUCUUUGAGAUACCACAGUGAAAUGGAAGUUGGCAGACUAUAUCCUCUAAAUGCCAUCCUGUUCCAAAUGCCGCCAUCAGCCCUUGUAGUCCACAUCGCAGUCUACACUUCAUGUGACAUAAAGUUUCAUAUAAACUGUUAAGUAGUAUUUCAUUGUGAAGUCUGCACCACUAUAGGAUUUGGAAAAAGACACAUCAGGGUGUAUCUUGGCUGCAAAAUGGUUGCAUAUGUGCACCCUUCUUAAUCCUAAAAUGACAAAUAGUCCCCCUAAGGCCUACCGUCUUGUGGAUCCCACGGACAUGCACAAGCGGAAGCAACAAGAUCACAAGUCCACAUCAAGUGCUUGAUUUGGGAGACAGCCUUAGUGUGCUAACUGACUGGCACAACAUUGUUGCCUUCUGGUGGAAUGUUUCAAACCAACUCUCUGAAUAAAAUGGAAACUUACAAUUCCCAUGAACCCAUAAAGAUCUGGCCCUCUUGCUUUCUUAAUGAAUGAUUUUAUGGAAAACUUUCUCAACUAAACAAAUAUCAGUCUGAUUUAAGACAGUCAUGUCACUCUCACAGGUGAAAAUGACUAUGAACACAUUUAAAAAGUAACAUUUCUGAAUUCAUGUUUUAUUAAUGUAGAUUUUAUCGCAGUUCAUGCACAUGGGAUAUUUACAGGCAGGGGUGUAAAGUAAUUGAGUAAAAAUACUUAAGUAUUAUACUUAAGUAUUAUUUUGGGGGAUUUGUACUUUACUCGAGUGCAAUUUAAACGGAAUACUUGUACUUUUACUUAAUUACAUUUCCCAAAAAAUAAAAAAAUAGUACUUUUUACUCCUUACAAUUUUAUUUAAACUUGAAAAGUACUCAUUAAAUUUUUGGAGAACAUUUCUUUCGUCUUACUGGACUGAAUCCGCCUUUUCACUGCAUCUGACAAACGACAGAUUGGCAAAUGGCAGAGUGUCACAUGGCGGCUGUGUGUUUAAAUAUUUGUGCAACUAGAGCACGAAGUGAGAAACACUGACAGUUUUUGUACUAAACAUUCUAAACGCCUGCUACUUCUACAGAUUGGACAGUUUUGAAGUCAAAAAUUAUCAUUCACAUUGCAAAUA